UUUGAAAACCUUUAGUUAGUGUAGGCGAUCUACUUCCUUACUGGUAUAACCCAAAUCAUGCUAAUAUAUUUAGAUAGUGUAGCAUUUUGCAAAAGCUUGUUAGGCAUUUUUACCAUUGUAACUUUGAAAUUGGCUUAAGUUGAACCAAAAUUAUUAUGCUCUUAAAUUCCAUAUUAACCUUGUAACAAGGACCAAAAAUGAAAUAUUGAAUGCAUUUAUAAUGAUAAACAAUGGGGAAAUUGUUUUCAGUUUUGUAUUUAUCUUUUAUACCUCUGUAAGAAAAUAAAAUUUGUUUUACUUUAAUGCAUCCCAUCAUUUUAAGUUCAAAAUGACUGCUAACAGUGUGUACACUCAAAUCCCCAGGGUUUGAUAAUCGGAAAAAUUUCAUAAUUGAUAAUCAAAUCAAAACGGAAAAUCAUUAUCAAUCGUCAAACUAAUAUAUUUUGCAUUGCUUAUAAGUAUUCAAUAUCAAAGAAUUGCAUUGCUUAGGAGUGCAAUGUAAUAACAUUGGUCUAACAUAAUUCUAGAACUGCAACGAUUUACAUAAAGCUCGCUUCGAUUCUAUUCUGAUAUCAGACAUGUUGAUUUGAUUAUUUUCGAUUCAUGUUUUACAUAUUGCUUCUAUUUAAAAUUAAGAUGUUUACUGAAAGUAUGUUAAAUCAUUGCAACUAUGAAAAACUAGGACAGUGUUUCAUCAAAAACAAAUUUUAAUUUACAAAACAUUCUGUUUACAAAGCUAAAUAAGAAGUUAACAUCACAAACUUAUAACAGAAACUGUCUGUUGAUAAACUUGAAAUGAAUAACAAAACAUGACAUGGUUUUGAUAUUCAUUUCAAUUUUAUUAACAGAUAAUUUCUGUUAAAAAUGUGUGAUGGUUUUCUGUACAUGUCAAAUUUGACGAUUUGACAGACUAAUUUUGAACACAUCAGUGGAGUGUUUCCUUUUUAAAUGCUGCAUGAGAUUACCGGUAGUUGAGCUGCCGGACUAAAAGUGGAUAACUAAGUCUAACGUUAUCAAAUUAAAUGUUACAUGUGGUAUUUUGUAUCAAUCCCUCGCGGAGCCAAAACUCCCUGAUUUUAGUUUUUUAGGAGCAUCUUGCAUUGAGGGAGAUGUCAUAUUACUAGGAUAGUAAGAAUGAAACUUUAUUAUUGAUUGGAUGCCAGAUUAACUAUUAACCAAUCGCUUGCCGACAAAAAGUCGACAGGCUUAGAAUGCGGAUACAAUGGGUCAUCUUGUAGCAUGCAUGUUUUAUAAGCCGAUCGAAUCAAGUUUUUGGGGUUUCUGUAUCAAAUCCAAAAGGUGAGUUUAAAACUGUUUUUUCGAUGCAUUGAGGCGAAUCGUUGCACCUCUACAUAAUUCAGUCACUCAAAGUCAUCAAAAUUAGAAACCAAUUACUAAAUAAAAAAUUGAUUAUUUGCUUUUUUUUCAGAAUUGGAAUACAAAAUGGGAGUGAUCAUUACUAUAAGGAGAUGGUCUUUUGAUCUCAAAUCUAUUACAGUAGAGCCAGUUAUGUUCAUCUACAUGUUCAAUGUGUUUUUGAACUUUGUAACGUUCCAGGCCCUAGUUUACGACAAAGUGUGUAAAAUGAAAUUUAAUUCAACAGUAUGUAAAAAUCUGGAAAACAUGACUUUUGCUUUAGAGGAAGAUACUGUCCAGAAAACAACUUCCACUUGGCUCUUGUACAGUAAUCUUACAAUGGCUGUGCCAGGCUUGUUGACUGUCAUGUUUUUACUGGGGCCAUGUGGGGAUAGAUUGGGAAGGAAACUUCCUGUACUUUGCCCCAUUAUCGGAGCCAUUUUGAGUACAGUCUCAAAUCUUGUCAAUGCUGCAUACAUGGAUGCGCCUUUAGAGUAUUUAUUAAUAGGCACUGUCCUUAGUGGGUUAUUUGGAGGGUACAUUGGAGCUUUAAUGGCAAUGUACACAUACAUAGCACACAUUUCAUCACCUACACAUAGAACUGUCAGGAUGGGAAUUCUCGAAGCUAUGGUAUUUCUCUCAGGCACAUUGGGGACAGCAGUGUCCGGUGUGAUACUUGAUAACACCAGUUAUGUGUUUGUGUUUGGGCUGCUUGCCGGUCUGCUUCUGAUGGGCCUGGGGUACACUGUGGUCUGGGUGGACAACAUCGUGCCGGAGCAGGCAGAAUCCACCCCUGAUCCUCUAGGUUGGGCGGCUGUCAUGCUGGGAGUGGUAAAGGAUGUUGCCAUGUGUGUGUGGAAAAGCAGGAGCAACAAGAACUUGCUCAAUCUCUGCCUGCUCUCUGUGAUAAUCUUUUUUCUUAUGCUCGUUAAUGUUGGCGAAAAUGAUAUUAUUCUUAUUUUCACGAGACAUCGGCCAUUCAAAUGGUCCCAAACUACUUUCGGAUUGUUCAAAGGGACAGAGUCUCUACUCCGAGGGCUUGGAAUGCUGAUAUUGAUGCCAAUCUGCAAGAAGAUCUUUGCUGCACGGGAUACUGUUGUGAUGCUUGCUGGCCUUAUUUCAAAAAUGAUUUCCAUGAUUUUUUAUGGUUUAAGUCAAAAUACUGGAGUCAUGUUUAUUGGGGCUAUCAGUGGAAUCCUGCAGGGGUUUAGCUCAGCCUCGAUUAGAGCACAGUCAGCUGGGAUGGUGAAAAGCAAUGAACAAGGCAAGUUGUUCAGUCUGAUGGCGCUGUUUGAGAGUAUUGCUUCCAUGGUAGCUACUAGUUUGUUCAACCCGGUGUAUAACGCCACACUGGAUUUUUUCCAUGGCUUCUGCUUCCUUAUGGCAGCUGGAAUUAUGUGCAUAGGGAUUGCCCUUGGCAUCGUCCUGCAUGUGCGAGUGAGUAGGAGUGGUCAGCAGAAUUACAACCACCUUGCUGAGGACACACUGGACAUAGCUGAACACAAUGACCAGUCUGUACAGGAACAGAGCACUGCAGUCGAUAUACAGUCAUAAAUAAUAAAAAUCACUAAUUAUAAGUCAUUGAAAUUAUGAAGUUCAUGUAACUUUCUUUGGUAAAGGCCUGGGCUUGAUUUGGGUUUGCAAGCUUAUGCUUACUUCUUCCUCUGAUGUAUUAAAGUAUGUUCAAAAUUAAACAUUGAGUUGUGAGUGUGUAAUACUGCUGUUUUAAUAUGUAUGUAUUUAAUACAACUUUUGACAAGGUUUCCAUUCGGUAUGUAGCAAGCUCAAGAGGCAACUUACCUUGUGAUGCAAUUUCGCUGUUUCUAAAAAUAGAAAAACAGUUCCUACUUAAAUUUAUUUAUGAAUUAUGCGCAGUGAUGAAAGUUGGUGUAUAGCUUACUCUUGUGGAGAUGUAAGUUGAGAUUACAUUUGGGGUCAUUGGGUAAAGGUCAAGAUCAAGGCUUCUAACAAUAGAAGAACAGUUUGUGCUCAAAAGCUUGAGUUAGGUAUGCUGUGUAGUGAUGAAAGGCUGUGAUGAAACUUGGUAUGUUGCAAGCUCAUGUGGAGACGUGCCAGUAUCUCACUUGUACUUCAUCUGAAUAUACUCAUCCAUGGUGAAAAAUAAAGAUGUGAUGGGUUGAAACUUGUGAAACAUAUCUCGGGAUUGUAUUUUGGGUGAGUAGAGUCAAGGGUAUUGUUUCUUAACCAAUAUUUUAUCUCAAUAACUGAAGUUAUGAAUGAUAUCUAUUAAUAAAGUAAAGUCAAAUAGCAUGUAUGAUGAUGUUUACUUUGCAUUCAUUUUGGUCGGUACGAAAAAAGUAAAUUAUAGAAUUUCUGCUUAUAUUUCUGAGACACCUUAAUGUGAACAUGCUGAAUCAUUUUUUUUGGUAUAAAAUCUUCCAAUAGAAAGUAUGGUAUGGAUUAGAAAUUGUUUUAUUUUGGCUCUGUUGAUUUAUAAGCAUUCUCAUUCAUCAGAGGUUUGAUAAUGAUAGUUAUAUGUUAUAUGCAUAGCAUCAUCUCUUUGGAAUGAGAAUGAUUUAUAAGUUGGUGCAUUGAAGGUUGUUUAGAAUUUCAUUGACAUUGGGUUCGGUUCACAUUUUCGAGCAAGUUUGGUAUUUUGGUCACUUCUAAAAAGCCUUUAAUGCAAUUGACAUAUUAUUUAUCAUAGUGAAUAAUGCCAUCCAAAAAAAUAAGUUGGAUUACUCUAUGAUUCUCAAUUCAAGUUAUGACCUCAGAUUGACUUUAAAAGUUUAAUUGAUUUUUUUUUUUUGCAAGUUUGGAUUUUUGGUCAUAUCUCAAAAAUUGUUAAGGCAAUGUAGAUGAUAUAAUUCACCUUAGUAUCUUAGUAUUCAAUGUCAUUUGACAAUUAUGUUGAAUAACUCUUACUGACAGCUCUUGUUUGAUGUUUUGAUGUUAAGUUGACCUACUAGUGUCUUUAUUUUGAAUGAACCUAGUUCAGUAAAGAGUUUCAUUGUUACAUUAUUCACAAAAAAUAUCUUUAUCAUAAAAUGAUGAUAUUUACUGUCAUAAAUGUGUUUCUUCCCUCUUGCUUGCAUAGAUAAUAAUAAAUUGCUGCAUGGAUGUGUAAUGAUUGAAUGUAAUUUAUUUUGAGCAUAAUGAAUAAUGAUAAGACUGGCUGCUGUGAUACACUAGACAAUCCAUUUACUGUAUUUAGUGAUUUUGUUUAAAACUUGUUUUGUAUUGCUAUAAAAAUUUAAGCUUUAUUUUUUGCUUCUGAUU